CACUUUUCAUGCAGAACAACACAAAGUGCUUCACAAGACUUAAAAACAGAGAAGACAAUACAUAAAUGCAAUUAAAAAUAGAAAUGAAAUGAAAAAAAUCAAAAAGAACAACAAUCAUGAAAUAAAAUCACCUACAUUAACAGUUUUAUCAGAGUUUAAAAGCUCAGACACCAGUUCACAAGAUAAGGUCAGAAGCUAACUGGCUAAUAGGUUGAGUAGCUUAGUAGCUAGCAGACUAAUACAUCAAAUACUCAGAAACGAACAGACUAAGAAGCUACAAAGCGCUGAAGCUAACAUGAUGAGAAACUACUAAGCAUGGAAGCUAACAGACUUAGAAGCUAACAUAUUGACGAGCAAAAAAAUAGAAGCUAACUAAAACAGAAACUAACAAACUGAGAGGCUAACAAGGUAAUCCGUGCUCAGAAGCUAACAUGAUGAGAACCUAAAAACUCAGAAGCUAACAGGCUAAGAUGCUAAGAUUUUGAGAAGCUAACAGAUGCAGGAAAUAUCGAGCUCAGAAGCUAACCAGAUAAUUGCUUUAAAGGCUCAAAAGCUCUCAAGCUGAGAUGCUAACAUGGUGAUAGGUAUAGAAGCUAACAGGCAUCGAGGUAACAAUUUUAGACGCUAACAAACGCAAAAGCUAACAGGUUCAGAAGUUAACAAGCUUAGAACUUAACAAACUCACAAGCUAACAGCCUUAUUGCUUUACAAGCUCCGAAGCUAACAGGAAUAUGAAGCUAACAGGCUAACAGGUUAGUAGGACUAUGAAGCUAACAGGCUAACAGGAAUAUGAAGCUAACAGGCUAACAGGCUAACAGACUGGGAGCACAUGGUUACGUUAAAAUGACUACACUGAUUGAUUGAUGAACUGAUUAAUUGAUUUGUUUUCAGAAAUCUGGGAAAAUCUGGACUGAGAGUGUCCUGCCUGGGACUGGGAACUUGGGUGACAUUUGGCUCUCAGAUAUCUGAUGAGAUGGCAGAGAGUGUGAUGACGGUGGCCUAUGACAGUGGAGUGAAUCUGUUUGACACAGCAGAGGUGUACGCUUCAGGCAGGGCUGAGACGACACUGGGAAACAUCCUGAAGAAGAAGAGCUGGAGGAGGUCCAGCUACGUGGUCACCACCAAGAUCUACUGGGGAGGACAGGCGGAGACAGAGCGAGGGUUGUCACGGAAACACAUCAUCGAAGGUCUGCGUGGAUCUCUGUCCAGGUUACAGCUGGACUAUGUGGACAUCGUUUUCGCCAACAGGAGUGACAUCAACGCGCCGAUGGAAGAGAUCGUCCGUGCGAUGACCUUUGUGAUCGAUCAGGGGAUGGCCAUGUACUGGGGAACAUCCCGCUGGAACGCCGUGGAGAUCAUGGAGGCGUACUCGAUCGCCCGUCAGUUCAACCUGGUCCCUCCAGUGUGUGAGCAGGCUGAGUAUCAUUACUUCCAGAGAGACAAAGUAGAGCUGCACCUGCCGGAACUCUACCACAAGAUAGGGGUUGGAGCCAUGACCUGGUCUCCAUUAGCCUGUGGUCUGCUGACGGGGAAAUACAACGAGGGCGUCCCCGAGAGCUCCAGGGCUGCCAUGAAGGGCUAUGCCUGGCUAAAGGAGCGUCUCUACAGUGAUGAAGGAAAGAAGCAGCUGACUAAGAUCAAAGAGCUCCACCUGCUGGCUGAUAGACUGAACUGCACCGCUGCUCAGCUGGCUAUAGCCUGGUGUCUUCGAAGCGAAGGAGUCAGCUCGGUUCUGCUGGGAGUCUCCAACACAGAACAGCUGCUGGAGAACCUCGGUUCUAUCAGGGUUCUGUCUCAGUUGACUCCGCCCCUCAUCACAGAGAUGGACACGUUGCUCGGCAACAAACCAAGAAGCGCCAAGAAGGAGCCAAGAAGCUGAAGAGGAGAAAAACUUUAUUUAAAACGUCACGACGACGAGGGACAUUGGAAGGGUGUCGUCAUGGAGAUGGGAACAGAAACUGUAGAUACUCAGAAACAUAUCCAAAAUAUUUAUUCUUGUAUUAACCUGAAGAAUCACACAGAACCUCACGUUACUAUCGGCAACGGCCAUUCAUCGUCAGUCAGUGACAGCAAAUUAAUCAAUAAUGAAUCAGUGACAGCAGAAUAAUCAAUAAUCAGUGACAGCAGAAUAAUCAAUAAUCAGUGACAGCAGAUUAAUCGAUAAUGAAUCAACAGCAGUCUGUAUUAAACUGAUCAAUAUUAAUUGUUAUUGAAGGUUUGAUGUAUGGAAGACUAUUGGUGCCAAUAAAACAGAUUUAGGCAGCAGAGGAUUUAAAUUCAAUUAAAUUGAGUUAAUUAUUUAAACUUAAUUGAUUUAAUUAUUUUAAUUUCAUUUUUUUGUGAUGUUGCAAAGUGUUUCCUGAAAGUUUGUCUAAAGUGAGAAAACAUGAACGUUCUAAAACAAGAAGCCUCUUCAGUAAAUUUACAAUUCAAGUUUAAUUAUUUUAGUUAAAUUCCUAAAUUUGUUCAGAUUUUAGAUUUCAGAAUAUCUGUAAAUUUAACAACAUCAAGUGUUUUGUUGUUGUGUGACAUUUAGUUUCAGAACUCAGGAUAAAAAAUGAAAGUAUUUCUUAUCUUGUUUUUGGCACCAACAGCCUUCCGUACAUCUGCCGUCACACUGCUUGUAUUUCACAAUAAAAGCCUGAUGUUGUCCAGAUGACUGUUAAAACUAAUGGCUAUGAGAAGAAUAUGGCCAACUGUGAUGUCAUCACGGUAACCGGUGUUGCAACGGUAACAGGGCUCCGACUCCUGUGUCCUCUGCUGAAUGUAUUAACGAGAACAUUCACUGCAAAAUAUGAAAACCUGGGUGAAGACCAACCUGAGGGCUGAGGACUAACCUGAGGGUAUGGGGCCUAACCUGAGGGGUGAGGACCAAUCUGAGGGUAAGGGACCAAUCUGAGGGUAUGGAACCAACCUGAGGGUAGGGGACUAACCUGAGGGUAGGGGACCAACCUGAGGGUAUGGGGACUAACCUGAGGGUAGGAGACCAACCUGAGGGUAGGGGACCAACCUGAGGGUAGGGCACAAACCUGAGGGUAGGGGACCAACCUGAGGGUAGGGGACCAACCUGAGGUUAAGGGACCAACCUGAGGGUAGGGCACAAACCUGAGGGUAGGGGACCAACCUGAGGGUAGGGGACCAACCUGAGGGUAGGGCACAAACCUGAGGGUAGGGGACCAACCUGAGGGUAGGGGACCAACCUGAGGGUAGGGGACCAACCUGAGGGUAUGGGGCCUAACCUGAGGGUAGGGGACCAACCUGAGGGUAGGGGACCAACCUGAGGGUAGGGGACAAACCUGAGGGUAGGGGACCAACCUGAGGGUAGGGGACCAACCUGAGGGUAUGGGGCCUAACCUGAGGGUAGGGGACAAACCUGAGGGUAGGGGACUAACCUGAGGGUAGGGGACCAACCUGAGGGUAGGGGACCAACCUGAGGGUAUGGGGCCUAACCUGAGGGUAGGGGACCAACCUGAGGGUAGGGGACCAACCUGAGGGUAGGGGACCAACCUGAGGGUAGGGGACCAACCUGAAGGUAGGGGACUAACCUGAGGGUAGGGGACAAACCUGAGGGUAGGGGACCAACCUGAGGGUAGGGGACCAACCUGAGGGUAUGGGGCCUAACCUGAGGGUAGGGGACAAACCUGAGGGUAGGGGACUAACCUAAGGGUAGGGGACCAACCUGAGGGUAGGGGACUAACCUAAGGGGCGGGAACCUCUCAGGGUUGCCAUGACGACAAACAUCAAACACAUGAGGCGUUUAUUGAUCCACAGAUGGAUGUAAAAAACCACAAACAGCAAUAAAGUACUGAAGGUGGAUGAAGAGUUCAGGUGUAAAAUAAAACACACCUGGACUGAUGGUUGCUGGUUACUACGGCAACGCUUCUGUAACUAUGUGUUCCUGUAAACAUUAAGAUGUUUAAAUAUAGUUUAUAGUAAAAUAAAAAGCUUCAAUCCUUUAAUCCAAAUUUCUUCACUAAACAGUUUAAAACCAAACCGAUCAUAAAUUAAUAAUCAAUCAUUUCAUCACUGAUCAAUAAUUCUCCUCUCCUUCAGGUAAAACUGAUGAAAACAUGAAGCAUUUGCAGAUCUCUAAAGUUUUAUGUGGAUGUUUGAAGAAGCGAUCACAUUGAUUGAUCGGCUGAUUGUGUUUGUGAUCGUUGAAAAAUAAAAGCUGCAAUAAUCAAUAUUAAGUUAAUCAAUAGGAUAUUAUAGGGAAUAUCAGUGAGAAUAAAAACAUGUACUGAAAUAAUUCAAUAAAGAUGAAAUAUUCUGUGA